AUGACACUGGCGGAAGAACUCAAAUUAGAGGGCAAUAAAGCCUUUCAACUCAAGCAGUACAAAAAGGCGGCCAAGAUAUACCGUGACGCAAUCCAGUUGGAUCUAUAUAAUCCCGUCUUAUACUCGAAUCGAGCACAAUGCUUCUUAAACCUACAAGAUUACGAAAGAGCUUAUAGGGAUACUGUAUCCGGCUUGAAUCUUAGCGGCAAUCAAACGAAACAAUUAACUAUAAAAUUGCAAUAUCGAAAAGGUUUAGCACUCAAGGGUUUGCAAAGAUGGGCAAAAGCAAAGAUUGCGUUUGAUGAUGUUCUCAAGUUGGAUCCAAAUAAUCAAGCAGCGAAAAACGAGUUGGAUCAACUAGCAAACAUAGCUAGUGAUGCUAUUGAAACUGAAACUACUACUGCUGCUAUUGCCGAUAGAUGCAAAAAUGGUGAUGAACUGCGACAGGACAUUAAUAUACAAGUGGAGAAAGUUGAUACAUUACCCCAAAAGUUUACUGAUUUAUUAAAUAAUAGACAAGCCUCGGAAGAAAAAAAACAAGAGAGGAAAAAAGAGGAAACAUUACCACAAGUUUCAAGUCCAAGCUCUGCUGAGUUGAAACCCACUUCAAUGGCAGUUGAAAGGGAAAUCGAGAAUAUAUUUGGCACCAUGCGAAAACCAAAACCAACAUUAGAGGCAAAAGUAACCUCAUCUUCAACAGCACCAACUAGACCUCCUAUACUGCAUAAUAACAAUUCAUCACUGCCUUCUUCUUCCUCUUCUUCUUCUUCUUCUUCUUUUUUUUCUUCCAACAAUAAUAAAUCUAAAAUUGCGAGCUUUGAUGAUUUGGAUAAACUGCCCUUGAAAUUAUUGAGUGCUUUGAAAAACCUACCCCAGACAAAAAAGGCAAGUGCUUAUAGAUAUGUACUUAAGCAGGAACCUCAAACGUACCAAACAAUGUUCUCACAAGCAGGCAUCGAGACUGAUUUUUUGCAAUUCUUUCUCGAGGCAUCUGUAUUCAGUUUAGGGAACGAAACUAGUCACCAACAGAUACAGAUACAGACACAGACACAGAAACAGCAACCGGAACAGCAAGGGCAGGUGGAGUUGAUAGCAAAUCACAUCAGACAAUUUGCAACAUUCAAAAGAUUUGAUUUGGUCAUGACUAUGUGCGAUGAUGAUUUGAAAAAUGUCUUGUUACAAAAAAUGGAGUCAAUUAAUCCAGAAACUGCAUCUUCAAUUAGCCAAUAUAUUGUAUAA